AUCUUACAGGUGAACAAGGUGAUGUCCAUCUUGUUUUAUGUGAUAUUUCUUGCUUAUCUCCGUGGCAUCCAAGGGAACAACAUGGAUCAAAGGAGUUUGCCAGAAGACUCGCUAAAUUCCCUGAUUAUUAAACUGAUCCAGGCAGAUAUUUUGAAAAACAAGCUCUCCAAGCAGAUGGUGGACGUUAAGGAAAAUUACCAGAGCACCCUGCCGAAAGCAGAGGCCUCCCGAGAGCCGGAGCAGGGAGAGCCUGCCAAGUCCGAAUUCCAGCCAAUGAUUGCAAUGGACACCGAGUUGCUGCGGCAACAGAGACGCUACAACUCACCCCGGGUCCUGCUGAGUGACAGCACCCCCUUGGAGCCCCCACCCUUGUAUCUCACGGAGGACUACGUGGGCAGCCCCGCGGCAGCCAACAGAACGUCGCGGCAGAAGCGGUAUGCAGAGCAUAAGAGUCACCGAGGGGAGUACUCGGUAUGUGACAGUGAGAGUUUGUGGGUGACCGACAAGUCAUCAGCCAUCGACAUUCGGGGACACCAGGUCACUGUGCUGGGGGAGAUCAAAACCGGCAACUCUCCCGUCAAACAAUAUUUUUAUGAAACGAGAUGUAAAGAGGCCAGGCCAGUUAAAAACGGUUGCAGGGGGAUCGAUGACAAACACUGGAACUCUCAGUGCAAAACAUCCCAAACCUACGUUCGAGCACUGACUUCAGAAAAUAACAAACUGGUAGGCUGGCGAUGGAUACGGAUAGACACCUCCUGCGUGUGUGCCUUGUCGAGAAAAAUUGGAAGAACGUGA